AUGAAUGUUGAAAUAAAUUCGGAUAAUUAUUUAGAUGAUGAUGUUGAAUUAACAUCUGAAACAGAUCAAGGUGGUAUUGUCAUACCUAAGCAAACUUGUGAACAUGUUCAAUAUGUAGAAUUACUUGAAAAAUUAAAUCAUAUUAAUAAAAUACAAUGUAUCGAUUGUGAAAGUACGAAUGAAAAUUGGUUAUGUUUAUCAUGUGAAGAAAUUCAUUGUAGUCGUUAUAUAAACAAUCAUGGAGAAGAACAUUGGUUAUUUACAUUACUUACAGAUGGACAUUAUAAUAUUGGUCAUUGUUUAACAAUAAGUCUUCAAGAUUUAUCUGUUUGGUGUUAUCCAUGUAAAUCCUAUGUAAAAAAUAUUCGUCUUAAUCCAUUAAUAAAACAUCUUGAAUCAAUUAAAUUUGGUUUAUUAUCAACGAAUGAAAAUGAGAAUCAACUUCAUUCAAAUACAAUUAAUAAAUUAGUCAUAAAAGAAAACAUUCAAAAUCCAUCAACAAUAAUUGCUAUACAAGAUCCUUUAUUGUCAGAUGAACUUGAAAAAACUGAUCUUUUAUCUUAUUGUUAUACAAUUAAAAUUCGUUCAGCAUCUAUUGAUGAACUUGUAUGCUUACAUUCAAGCGAUUAUGUUAAUAUGAUUGUAUCAGCUGAAAAAAAUCAUAAAAAUACUUCCAAUAAUCAAUUUCACAUAGAAUAUAAUGAAACAGCUUUUUCUAAUGCACGCUUAAGUGCUGGAAUAACAAUUGAUGUUAUACAAAAUGUUCUUGAUAAACAUAUAAAUGGUUUUAUACUUACAACAUCACCUGGUCAUCGUGCAUUACGUGAUCAUGGCAAUGGAACAUCUAUAUAUAAUAAUAUAGCAUUAGGAAUAAAUUCUAUUCUUAUGAAAAAAAUAAAACCUAAUAAACGAAAAAAUUCAUUAACAUUAAUUGAUUCAAGAAUUCGUUCAGAUAUACAAGAUGCAACACCUAUUGAAAAUGCUAUUUGUCAUAUGAUACAUGUAUUAACUCCAGCAUCAAUAAUUGAUUAUCCAAUGAAUUCUAACAUGUCAACAGUUACAGAUAAUAAUAAUAAUAAUAAAAUUCAAAUUGAACAUGUACUUAUUAUUGAUCUAACAUGUGAACAUGGUGGUGGAAUUCAAUCAAUUUAUUAUGAAUCUGAUCAGGUUUUUUAUAUAUCAAUACAUAAUGAAAAUCAUGAACAUAAAUCAAGUUAUCAUGAAUGUGGAAAAAAUGAUGGAUUAGGUUAUACUAUGAAUAUUCCUUUAGCAUCAAUAGAUACAAUUAAUGAUACAGAUUAUAUUUGUAUUAUCAAUGAACUUGUUUUACCUAUUACAAAAAUAUUUAAACCAGAAUUAAUUAUUGUUUGUGUUGAUUUUCAUAUUCAACAAUUAACAGAACUAUGUUAUGCUUGGAUUAUUGAACAAUUAAGUAUGAUUAGCAGUAGUAACCUUGUUGUUGCUCUUGAUGGUAAUUUAUCUUGUAUAUCUUCAAGAACAUCUUAUAUUCAAACUAUACUUUCUGUUCUUAUUGGCAAAUUAUCAUUAAUUAAUAAUGACAAAUGGAAAAAUAAUACUGAUGUAAAUAGUGAUGUUCGUAAAAAAAUUGAUCUUGUCAAACAAGAACAUAAAAAAUAUUGGUCUUGUUUUGAAUAG